CACAGCCACUUGGAGGACGAGCAUCCCCUUUUGGUGGUCGCCCCUCGGAGCGGGCUGCAGAGAUGGACCCCAGAGGAGGAAGAGCCCUUUGCUGCCUCUGGGCGACCCUCCUCCUCGCCCCGCCAAGGGCCGGAGCCCUGAAAGUGGAGGACACCCUGGUGGAGCUGGACUUCUUCCAGGAGAGCUUCCCUUCGGAGAAGAAGUCCGGGGAGUUCCUGCUGGAGUUUGACAACGAGGAGAUCCUGCACGUGGACUGGGAGAAGAAGCAGAAUGUCUGGAGGCUGCCGGACUUCCAGCGCUUCACCAGCUUCGAGGUGCAGGGCGCCCUGGCCAACAUCGCCGUCAUGAAGAACAACAUGGAGGUGCUCAUGAAGCGAAGCAACCGCACCCGUGCCCUGAACGUUGCUCCUUCGGCCACUGUGUACCCAGAAAAUGCUGUGGAACUGGGGGACCCCAACAUCCUCAUCUGCUUUGUGGACAGGUUCUCCCCCCCAGUGCUGAACAUCACCUGGCUGAAGAACAAGGAGGAGGUCUCCGAGGGCGUGGAGGAGACAGACUUCUACCCCAGCGUGGACAACACUUUCCGCAAGUUCUCCUACCUCCCCUUCGUCCCUGAGCAGGGAGACAUCUACGUCUGCCAAGUGGAGCACUGGGGCAUCCCAGAGGGAAAGAUGGAGAAGACAUGGGUUUCCAAGGCGCCCUCUCCCAUCCCGGAGACGAUGGAGAACGUGCUGUGUGCCCUGGGCUUGGCCUUUGGCAUCCUGGGCAUCAUCGCUGGCACCAUCCUUUUCUUCAAGGCCAUGAGGAUGAAUGGUCGCAGGGGCCUCACAUAAUGGAGGAUUCCUUUCCUGACUGCCUCUUCCUUAAACCUUCUCAGCUCAGCUCCUUUGCCAAGAGUCUCUUCUGCUAUAAUUCAGAUGGAACGAGUUGCUACCUCCAUGUGAAGCUUAUCCUUAGAAGCUUUUUGGAUAAUAUGUUUAACUUUUGAGAACAAUUAUGAUAGCCAAAGAUGCUUAGGCAGACUUACAUUACUUUUCUCCCUUUUAUGUUUCCCUCUUAACAAAGAAAUUGCUCUCAGAGUGUUUAAGUAAACAAGAAAAGUAUAUGAUUUACUCACAUGAAAUGUCUUGCCCAUGGUUCAAUAGUUAUAGCUCCCUCUAUACAUGUUCUGUAAUUCCCUGGUGCCUUUGCUUCUGGAUGUCCAGUAAUCGUGGAUUUUAUAGAAUCAUAGAAUCCUAGAGUUGGGAGGGACCCCAAGGGUAAUCUAGUCCAACCCCCUGCAUUGCAGGAAUAUCAGCUAAAUCAUCUCUGACAGAGGGGCUUGUGGUUUGGCUGAAAAUCCUCCCACAAACUCCAGGAUUGAGUCAGGAUAGGGGUUUUUUUGGGGGGGGGUCCCUGCUUUGCCUCGCCUUGCAUCUGCAUGGCUCAAGGAGACCCCCUGCCAGCAAAGUGUCAGGCAUACUAUUUCAUAUCUCCACCCCACUUACCAAAAACCAUUCACCUCCCUCUCCAGUUUUUGGAGAGAGCCUUACUCAGUUCUGUGCAUUGCACUGCAGGUAUAGACCCCUCAGGUGUUUCCUUAAUCCCAAAGAGAAUUCAUCCAUCUUUUGGGGGAAGUUUAGUUGUGAAGAGACCCCAAACACCUUUCUCAUCCACAUAAAGCACAUAAAGCAGGGUUGUAUCUGUCUGCGUGGAGGAAAAGAUCCUUUAUUCAUCCGCAAAACUUUCCCAAUGGCUUCUGUGUAGCCCAUAUUUCAAAAGCAAUGAAUAAAUAUUUCAGUUUGUU